AUGAUCUUCUCCCUUCAAGUCCUCACCGUCGCCCUUGCGGCCACUGUUGCUGCCCGCCCUGGAGACUUUGACAAGGGACGAAAGCCUGGCCCCAACCCACCAAGCAGAUCUACCACCACCAUCGCCACAACCACUAAAGUCGUCGCCACUACAACUACGAACCCUCCCCAGGCUUCAGCACCAGGAUCCAAAUUCUUCCCCUUCUUCCCUUUCCGGGGCCACAACAAAAACAAUAACAAAUGCUGGAGUGACUUCAAGGACUGCCGUCGAAACUCCGACUCUGCUUCUGGAGCAUGCGUGUCUACCUACGCCGGUUGCAUCGGGACUCAACCCAACUCCCGCAUGCCAGCCACAUCUGUCACUUCAGCUCCAGGAGGAAUGCCUACAUCCGGUCAGCCCCGCCCUCUUCCUCCGCUUUCGCACGUUGGCAAGCAUCAUGGCGGUGUGAGGAAGUGUAACCAGGCUUAUUGGGCUUGCCGUGCGCAGUCUAGCGGGCAGCAGUCAACCUGUUAUUCGGAUCUCUCUACUUGUCUGGCAAACAUUGGUAGUUCGGCUACUUCUACUGGCGUGCCUCCUAGUUCUACCGGUUCAGCUACUGUUUCGGCGACUAGCACCUCGGUGGUCGCUGCUGACCCUGCCGCUACCGGUCAAGACGACGGCGACGACGCUGAUGAUGACGAUGACUCGUCGCCUUCUGGUGCCACUUCUUAA